UGGAGAGCUAGAGUUCUCGUAACAACAACACAGCACCCGAUCACCCAGUUGUGACCGAAGAGGACUUCUGUGAUCCCAGACUAGAAGUGUUGACUUGUCAUGAUGUCCAUCCAAGAGAAGAUAUCCACAGCAGAUUUGAUGGAGAGCCUUCGGGAAGAGCUCACCUGUUUCAUCUGUUUGGACUAUUUUAACAGUCCAGUGACCACCGAGUGUGGGCACAGCUUUUGCCUGAUGUGUCUCCUCAAGAGCUGGGAGGAGCAUAGCACACCUUUAUCUUGUCCUGAGUGCUGGAGGACUUUGGGAGCCCCUCAUUUUCAAGCCAAUGAGCGCCUGGGGAGACUGGCUAGCAUUGGCAGGCAGUUGAGAUCCCAGGUCCUGCAGAGCGAGGAUGAGCAAAGCAGUUGUGGGAGAACACCAGGAGCCAGCAGGGUGUUCUCUGAUGAUGAACAGAGUGUAGUUAAUUUCUCAACACCAAGUCAUGGCAUGAACAGAGCAUAUUUCUCCAACGAGACCGAGGAACAACACAAAGAAAAACUCCAGGACAUCAUCAACCUUUUACGGAAAAAGAAGAAGGAAGCUCAGUCCAUACUGAACCACGAAAAGGAGCGAGUGAUGCUGUGUAAGCAGGAGGAGACGAAGACGUGUAAGCAGGUCGUCGUGUCGGAAUAUAUGAAGAUGCACCAGUUCCUGAAGGAGGAGGAGCAGCUGCAGCUGCAGCUUCUCGACAAGGAAGAGAAGGAGAACGUGAAGAAACUGAGGGAAAAUGAGAUCCACCUGACCCAGCAAGUCAGACGCCUCAACAAGAUGAUUGGACGGAUGGAGUCCACCUGUCACAAUUUGACCUUAGAGUCUUUUGAGGAAGUCAGAGGAGCCAUGGAACGGUGUGAGUCACUGUUGCUUCAGUGUCCAGAGACCACCAUCACGGAGCUGAGCCUGUGCCGUAUCACUGGGAUGAGGGAGAUGCUGAGGAAAUUCAGCACAGAUGUAACUCUAGACCCAGCCACAGCCAAUGCCUACCUAGUUUUGUCGGAUGAUCUGAAAAGUGUGAAAUAUGGAGGAACCAGACAACAAUUGCCUGACAACCCAGAAAGAUUCGAUCAGUCUGCAACUGUGCUGGGAGCUCAGGUCUUCACCUGUGGGAGGCACUACUGGGAGGUGGAAGUGGGAAAGAAGACUGAGUGGGAAGUGGGCAUCUGCAAGGACUCUGUGAUCAGAAAGGGGAAUCUCCCCAAACCCCCUGGGGACCUCUUCUCACUCAUAGGCUUAAAGAUCGGUGAUGAUUACAGUCUCUGGGUUUCAUCGCCUUUGAAAGGUCAGCACGUCCGAGAGCCUGUGCAUAAGGUCGGGGUGUUCUUGGACUAUGAGUCCGGACAUAUAGCAUUCUACAACGUGACGGAUGAGUCCCUCAUUUACAGCUUCCCAUCAACCUCUUUCCAUGAAGCUCUCAGACCCAUCUUCUCUCCUUGUCUUCCAAAUGAAGGGACAAAUACAGACCCUCUUAUCAUCUGUCACAUCUGAGGGAUGUGUCCUGAACCUUUGAAGACAGAGCAAGGACCAGCCGAAUCCUUGAGAUGGUUAGUGCAUUCAAAACCUUCACACCUCAGAUAAUCUGAAAAGGAAAAAAAAAGAAGAAAACGAAAUCCUUCCUCCCCAAAGACUUCCCACAAACCCAGUACUGCGAUGAAGAGUCAAUUAAAAAUCUAUUCAACACCAAGAACUAAAAGCCGAUACCCUGCCUUAACCCAGUCUGUUAACUGAGCUACCCUGUGUGUGUUGGCCGCUCAACAUACAUACUGUCCUCUUUGACCUGUCGGUCUGUCAUAGACCAGGUUUACAAAUACACAUCAUUUUUUUUCA